UCAACUUCAACUCUGGAGAAGAUGGGCUGCGAACAAGAGGAUGAGGGCACUUCCUGGAAGAAGCAGACUACCAAUAUCAGAAAAACAUUCAUUUUCAUGGAAGCACUUGGAUCAGGGGCCUUUUCAGAAGUUUUCCUGGUGAAGCACAGAAUCACUGGCAAGCUUUUUGCUUUGAAGUGCAUUAAAAAGUCACCAGCUACCCAGGACAGCAACCUGGAGAAUGAAAUAGCUGUGCUGAAGAAAAUAAAGCAUGACAACAUAGUAACUCUUGAGGAUAUUUAUGAAAGCACCACCCACUAUUAUCUGGUAAUGCAGCUAGUGUCUGGAGGAGAAUUAUUUGACCGUAUUUUAGAACGAGGUGUUUACACUGAGAAGGAUGCUAGUAUUGUAAUUCAGCAAGUCCUGAGAGCAGUUCAUUAUCUUCAUGAAAAUGGGAUAGUCCAUCGAGAUCUAAAGCCUGAAAAUUUGCUCUACCUAACUCCAGAAGAGGACUCCAAAAUCAUGAUAACUGAUUUUGGUUUGUCUAAAAUGGAACAGAAUGGCAUCAUGUCUACAGCAUGUGGAACUCCGGGAUAUGUUGCUCCAGAGGUGUUAGAACAAAAGCCAUACAGUAACGCUGUGGAUUGCUGGUCAAUUGGAGUUAUUACCUACAUCCUCCUGUGUGGAUACCCUCCUUUCUAUGAAGAAACAGAGUCCAAAUUGUUUGAGAAAAUCAAAGAAGGAUACUUCGAAUUUGAAUCUCCAUUUUGGGAUGAUAUCUCUGAAUCAGCCAAAGAUUUCAUUUGUCAUUUACUGGCGAAGAAUCCAAAUAAGAGAUUUACCUGUGAGAAAGCCCUCAGGCAUCCAUGGAUUGAUGGAAACACAGCCCUCUACUGUGACAUCUAUCCAUCUAUCAGUGUACAGAUCCAAAAAAAUUUUGCAAAAAGCAAGUGGAAGCAAGCCUUCAAUGCUGCAGCUGUGGUCCAUCACAUGAAGAAACUCCACAUGAAUGGUCAUCAUGCAGAUGACAAUGUCAAAAGCCAAGUACAAGUACAAAAGACAUCAAGACCUAAUACAUCAUCAGUUAUCAACCAGGAACAAUCAAAUCAAGAUGCCAAGAAUUUGAUCCCUGUAUUAUCCUAUCAGAAUGCUUCAGAUCUUCCUGGCCUACAUGCCAAGAUGACAGACAGCAAAUGCUUAGAUCACCUGGGUAGCACGGCAAUCCAUAUGACUACUCUAACUACAGUAGACAGCCAGAUCCAUCCCAACAGAUCCUUAGUUGGCUGCACUCCAGAAUGUGGGACACAUGAGAAAGUAAAGACAGCUUUUUGCUCAGAAUCAGUACUAAACAAAAGAAGUGCCAAGACACAUCAUUUCAACUCAGAAGUCCUUGUUCCAGUCAAAGCCACUAAUCACACCUAUUUUGGUACUGGGCAAACUGGUGUUUGUUUGAUAAUGUGAUUGAAAAAACUGCCAUAAGGAUAAUACACAUACCU